UCUAUUGCAUGUUUAAUUACCGUCUUUCUGAUUUUCCAGCUAUAUGCAAAUUAUGCCAUUGGAAAAGAUGUCCAGGCAAUGAAAGCCGUGGUUGGAGAAGAAGCACUUUCGUCGGAGGAUCUGCUAUAUCUCGAGUUCCUCGACAAGUUUGAGAGGAAAUUUGUUGCCCAAGGGGCCUAUGACACCCGCAACAUCUUCCAGUCACUUGAUCUGGCAUGGACUCUUCUCCGGAUCUUUCCACGGGAACUCCUCCACCGUAUACCAGCAAAGACACUCGAUCAAUACUACAGCCGGGAUGUAUCUAACUGAUGAGAAGGGACGAUCUUUUUACUCUAUUUCUGUUUGAUAUGCCCUGUGACAUUAAUUUUCUUAGUUUGUGGAUUUUCUUUAUCCGGUUUUAAUAAUAAAAGUCGAGUCUCAAUGAGCCCUAGAAAAGCCAAGGCAUUAAGACGUUCAUAUUCUUUUGAGGAAACCGAUUAGAUACUGUAUUCUUUUAAGUCAUUAUGUCGAUCCUACUUAUGUAGUGCGGUAUUAGGGUGAAAGGGGCUUUUUGGGAACUUCUGUUUGCUGGACAAUUUUUGUUCACGCUGCUUUCCUGUAUCUGGCUUGUUCUGUAUUAUUAUGUUAAAUAAUAAUUGGACAUAUAUUUA